AUGGCGACUCAAGAGUUUGAUUCGAGCUCGGAUCCCAGCGAGGCCGCUCUGGCCACGGCACUCGCGGCAGCCAUCAAGGACCACAAUGGCGCCGACGUCAGCUUUGGCUCGCUCCUCUCGGCCGAGGAUGGCCACAAGACGAUCGUCAUCUUCAUCCGUCAUUUCGUAAGCUAGCGAUUUUACCGUGAUUUGCGGUCCAAAGGGUGUGAUUGGCCGAAACUGACGAAUCCAAUCCCUCCCUGCCGCCUCUUUCCGGCGACGUCACGUCACGUGCUUCUCGGCCAUUGAUCUCCUCGGCCCGCCCCUGGCACCCUCAACCUGGACUGUACAAUGGCGUUCCAGUACUGCGGACUGUGCCAAGAUUUUCUGUCUUUCCUCACGUCCAAAGUCAAGCCCGAUCUACUGCAAUCCCACAACACGAAGCUCAUCAUCAUAGGCUGCGGCGAAUUUGGUCUACUCGACGGCUACAAGGCACUUAUCGACAGCCCGUACGAUAUUUACGCUGACCCGGAUCUCAGCGUGUACACCCCGCUCGGAAUGACGCGACGGACGCUCGACCAGGGCAAAUUUGGCGCGAACAACAAGCCCGAGUACUUGGUCCGCUCAGGUAAGUCGUGCGUUGCUACCUGCUCGCUCUAGCAGGCUCCUGCGGUCGAUGCUCAAAAGUCAACGUCGUACCCACAGCGUUUAGCAAUAUCGUCACGUCGAUACGCAACGUCUUCAAGAUGGGCAAGCCCAUGGCCAACUCGGGUGACAUCAGGCAGCUCGGCGGCGAGUUUGUGUUUGAUUCACAGAAGCGGGCGGUGUUUGUGCAUCGCAUGGAGAAUACGAGGGGCCACGCUAAGCUCGCCGAGAUUCUCGGUGCGGCCGGGGUCCCCUAUGAAAGUGCAUGA